CUCACUUCUCACUUCUCAGCAUCAUUCAUCUAGGAUCCCCAUUAUCUCACUAAAAUAUUUUUCCCUUUCCAUUUUUUCAAAGAUAUUUCCUGUUAUAGAUAGAGCUACAUGCUUUUGGGCUGAAACAGCAAGCACUAUUUGAGAAGCAUCAAUGGUUCCUAAAGUUCUUGCUGGUUUUGAAACGGCAAUGGCUGAGAAUGAGAGUGGAAGAAUCAUUGGGAAUUGGAAGAAACGUGUGCAUGUUUUCUGUGAGAAGUUGAGAAGGUUCCCAAGUUUGGCUUGGAAGACUACAUGGAAGGUGGGACAUGAUGACCCAAGAAGGGUGAUCCAUGCAUUCAAAGUGGGUUUGUCUCUGACUCUUGUGUCUUUGUUGUAUCUGUUGGAGCCACUCUUCAAAGGGAUUGGCCAGAAUGCUAUUUGGGCUGUCAUGACGGUCGUGGUGGUGUUUGAGUUUACCGCAGGGGCAACUUUAUGCAAAGGGCUCAACAGAGGAUUGGGGACACUAAUAGCAGGAUUAUUGGCUUUUCUUAUUAAGUGUGUGGCAAAUGCAUCUAGUCAGAUUGUUCAAGCUGUUUUCAUUGGAGCUGCAGUUUUUAUAGUAGGUGCUGCAGCCAGUUACAUGAGGUUCUUUCCAUACAUAAAGAAGAAUUAUGAUUAUGGUGUGGUUAUAUUUCUCUUGACCUUCAACUUGUUAACGGUUUCGAGUUACCGGGUUGAGAAUGUCUUGAAGAUUGCACAUGAACGCUUCUACACCAUAGCCAUAGGCUGUGCCGUUUGCCUUCUGAUGAGUCUGUUGAUAUUUCCCAAUUGGUCAGGGGAAGACCUCCAUCAUUCUACAGCUUUCAAGCUUGAAGGCCUAGCCAAAUCUAUAGAAGCUUGUGUCAAUGAAUACUUUUAUGGAGAAAUGGAAGCUUCUGGUGAUAUGAACUCAUCUGAGGAUACCAUAUACAAAGGUUAUAAAGCAGUUUUGGAUUCCAAAUCUACUGAUGAAACUCUGGCAUUACAUGCAAGUUGGGAACCAAGGCACUCAAGAUACUGUCAUAGAUUUCCAUGGCAGCAGUAUGUAAAAGUUGGAACUGUUCUUCGCCAAUUCGGGUACACCGUGGUAGCCCUACAUGGCUGCUUGAGAACAGAAAUUCAGACCCCACAAUCUGUUCGAGUUCUAUUCAAGGACCCUUGCAUCAGGCUAGCAGCAGAGGUAUCAAAAGCACUUACAGAACUCGCCAACAGCAUAAGAAGCCGCCGCCAUUGCUCCCCGGAGAUUCUCUCCGAUCACCUCCAAGAAGCCUUACAGGACCUCAACACCGCGUUAAAAUCACAACCGCGCCUCUUCUUAGGCUCCAACGACAGCCAAGCCAACAACAUGCUCGCCAUUGCAGCAGCAACAACAACACAGACAAACACAAAGGGGUCGAUUUCAAGCGUGAAAACCGAUUCCUCUGCAUUGCUGGAUUGGAAAACCAAAAGGGGUUGUUCCAUGUCGGGUGAACAGGGAAAGGAAGCAGAACGCAAGGUGCUGAGAUCGCAGAUGAGUAAACUCGCCAUCACGAGCCUUGAAUUCUCUGAAGCUUUGCCUUUUGCUGCGUUUGCGUCUUUGCUUGUGGAAACGGUGGCGAAGCUUGAUCUUGUUAUUGAGGAAGUUGAAGAGUUGGGGAGGUUGGGUUGCUUCAAGGAGUAUAGAGAUGGUGAUGAGUUUUCUGUGGUUUGUGAGAAACCAAGAGUUGAUGUGUUGGAGAAUCAUUUACCUUCUCAUGCAGGGGAUUAGAAGAGGCUAGGAAGUGCAUUAUUCUUUCAUGGAUAUGGAUUAUUUUUUACUACUUGAAUGAAUAAAUGUGGAUGGUAUGGUAUUCAUUA